UAUCUGAUGCUUUUCUUCAGCAAAGCCAGGAAAAGGUGUGAAUUACUGAUGCAGGGUGCCAACAAGCUGAGCUAGUGCCAAACCAGAGGCAGCUACCUGUUUGGAAAAUGACACUUGCCUCUCGUGGAGAGCUGCUCAGAGUGAUGCUUUUGCAGCCUCCACCAUGGCAGACGCCCAGGAUUUGUGGCAAAACACACAAAACUCAUCUGGGACCCUAUUUCCUAUCUACAUUUGAGAGGGACUUGCCUGAGUUUAAAUGUAAGGGGCUCGGGGGUGGAGGAAAAGGUCAACAUCUGAAAUAGCCACACGUGCCUGCAGCCUCUCCCCUGGGGCUGGCCACCAGGGAAAUCUGCCUCUGACCUGCAGCCUGCACUCCCCACGUGCUCCCCGCAGGACCCCACAGCAGCCACAUUCCUCCCUGGUUCCCAGGGUUUUCCUUCCCAGGAGGUUCCCCCAGAAGCACGAGCUGUUUCCCACACAGUCCCUGGCACAGGCGCAUCACACAGGACUCUGCACUCCCUCACCAAGCACCAAAACUGCCUCAGCCCUGCAAACGCAGCCUGCUCUUCAGUGCUGUUGUGGGCAGCAGUCAGGAGGUGACAAUCACAAGAAGAACACACUCCAGAAAAUAAUUUCUCUGUGGCAAGAAGAGGAAAUCUUGUAAAAAAUGGGCAUUUUUCACCAACUAACGUUUCCUUUGUACGAAAUCCUCCUCAGCCAGAGCAGCUACAGAAGCUCAAGAGCUGAAGAAAGAACUGAGUCUUCUGACAUGGAAACUGCAGCCUAACAGGGAGAAGAGAUACCACAAUGCAAAUGAAAGCCACAACCCAAUUCAGCCCCUCCAGGAAUGACAGCAACUGCACCAGCGACAGCAGGAUCAGCCAAGUCAUCUUCCCUUUGCUCUACACAUUUCUGUUCCUGGUGGGGAUCACCAUGAAUGGCCUGGCAAUGUGGGUCUUCUUUAAAAUAUCCAGUAAAUCCAAUUUCAUUAUCUUCCUCAAGAACACUGUGAUUUCUGACCUCCUCAUGAUCCUGACUUUUCCAUUUAAGAUCCUCAGUGAUGCCAAGCUGGUGUCCUGGGUCCUGCGAGGCUUUGUGUGCCAGGUGACACAGGUGGUGUUUUACUUCACCAUGUACAUCAGCAUCCUGUUCCUUGGCCUGAUAACUAUCGAUCGCUAUCAGAAAGCCACCUCACCGUUCAGAACAUCCACGCCACGGAGCCUCCUGGCUGCCAAGGUCCUGUCCACAGCAAUCUGGCUGUCAAUGUUUGCUCUCUCGCUGCCCAACAUGAUUUUAAACAACAAGAAGAAAACACCCAAGAACGUCAGGAAGUGUGCUCUCCUGAAAUCAGAGUUUGGCUUAGUGUGGCAUGAAAUUGUGAACUACAUUUGUCAGCUCAUCUUCUGGGUUAACUUAGCAGUCAUAGUGGUGUGUUACAUCCUGAUCAGCAAGGAACUGUACAAGUCCUACAAAAGGACACAAUGCACAGGGAAGGCAUCUAAAAAGACUGUCAACCUCAAGGUUUUCAUAAUAAUUGCUGUGUUCUUUAUUUGCUUUGUGCCUUUCCACUUUACCAGGAUCCCCUACACCUUGAGCCAGACCAGAGAUGUGUUUGACUGCUCUGCCCAGAACACCCUGUUCUACCUGAAGGAGACCACGCUGUGGCUGACGUCCCUCAACGCCUGCCUGGAUCCGUUCAUAUACUUCUUCCUGUGCAAGUCAUUCAGGAAAUCCCUGCUGGACAUGCUGUGCAGGCACAGGGCAGUGUCGGGGCUCGGGGCACAGGCCAAGGGGCAGAACGAGGGGGACGACACUGACGAGACGCCGCUCUAGACCUCAGGGCUCCCUCACUGAGGGUGGCGGGCACAGACCCGUGAGGAGCGCCCAGAACUUCACAGACUGGUUUAGAAAUAGCCCUGCAGAAGAAGCACAAACACCUGGAACCACUGCCUGCAAAGAUAGAAACACCAGAGGAGUCCCCCCGCCCCAACCUCCACCCGUGCCAGAACAGGGGCUCCCCAGAGCCCAGCCUGCACAGCUGUCAGAACUGCUGGGAAGAAGCCAACACUUAAAGGUGGAGCUGUGAGGAAAAACUUAGAAUCAUUAAAUGCUACGGAUGAUAGCAUGAACUGUAAAGAUUUUGCAGAAAUAGCUAAACUUGGGCCAGAGUAAAGUUCAUGACAACACAAGACCUGAGAAAUGCAGAUAAAAUCCACAGCAGAUGCCAUUUUUCAACACAGGGAGUUGUCACCUUGUAUGCAGCUGGCAGACAAACAGAAACCCACAGAGAGCCAUUUGGGCCGGUUUUUGGUAACAGAAUAACACUUUGCUCAUCUCGUUCUGUGCUUGCAGUUCCUAAUCCAUUGACCAAUAAUUAACAGUUGUAUUUCGGAGGAAAUUAUUUCAUAAUCAGGCUUGAUAUUAAUUGAAUCCCCAAAUCCUUCCCCUUACUACAUAAAUAAACAAAACUGUACGUUUUCACAGAGAACAUUAUAUUAGAAAACAUACAAACACUCGAUUUACAGCAUACUGAGAUCUUGGGGAAAGACAGGCUCAUGGUAACUUCUUUACUGAUGAUUAAGGACAGUUUUUUCCACCAUACAAAAUACUCAACCACUUCCCUUUUUGCACUUGGAAAACUUGAAAAAAAAACCAGGAAGUAUUUUCAAGUACAUGACAUUUUGAGGUAUCACAGCAAUUGCACAUGAAAUAGAUUGUGGGCUAUUGGAAUAAAUUGUGGUUCAUUCAUCGCCACUGCAAA